AUGAAGCGGUCUCGCCACAGAUGGCUGGCACUCAGCUUUUUUUGUGUAGUUCUUGCCGUGUUAUCCGUGGACCUACCCACUACAUCAGCAGCGAGAGCCACUUCCCUAAUCUUCUCUAAGACCAGCAGUACGACAAGUGCCCCAGAAGAGCAAGCACAAGAGGGUGAAGAUGAAUCACAGCCAGAAACAACAGCAGAAGGCACCGAAGCACCACAAAAUGCUACUAAGAAAUUAUCCGGAAUACCACAAAAAGAUUAUAUCUAUGAUCCUAACCUUCCACGGGAACUCAAUGGAUACAAUUUGUCAGAGUACCCUUUCUACGAAGCCGUUCCUCCGCCAGAGACCAUGGACUUCAAAUGUGAUGGCCUACAUGAUGGCUUCUACGCGUCUGUUCCCCAUAAAUGUCAAGUUUACCAUCAUUGCCUCUUCGGCACAAGAUAUGACUUCCUUUGUGCGAAUUACACCGCAUUCGACCAGAAAACGUUCAUUUGUCAGUUCGUUUCCGAAGUAGACUGCGUUAACUCUCCAAAUUAUUUCAGCAGAAACGAAGCUCUCUACAAAGCCGCGUCGACGGAGCCACCACCGCCACCGCCCACCACCACCACGACGACCACCACAACGCAACGCCCCUCCCGCCCACCGCGCAGGCGACCCAACUAUAGAUACGACUACUACGAUGAUGACUAUUACUAUCCGGCAAGAGACGACUACGACUACCCACCUGAAGAGAGGGGUGGCAGAACAAGAAGACCACAAGGAAGACCUCUCAGACCAGGCAAGCGGAGGCCGUAUAGUGAUGAUUACGAUGACACAUAUGAACCACGAUCGAGACCGCGAGAUGAAAGUGAAGAUUAUUUUGAAGAAAGAAGACCAUAUGAUAGAAGACCAGGCAAAAGGCCCUAUUCAGAGAGAAGACCUUAUGAUGACGAUGAUAGAAGGGAAGAAAGAAUACCAGCUUUUAAAGGCGGAAGAAGGCAAGGGAGACCCAAAGACGACGAAGAAGACAGAUACGACACUGAUGAAGAUAGUAGACCACGAGGUGGGCAAAGGAAUGAAUAUAAACCAAGAUCAAGGGAUGAUUUGAGACCGCGAGAUGAGGAAAGGUCUAGAGAUGAUUCGGUGUCUGGGGAAGGAACAUCACGAGGUGAAACAAAGUUUCGGAAAGAUGGUAGAAAAAGGAAUGAUUUUAAAUCCCGAGAUGAAAUAAGUUCUUCCGAUGAUUUUACUACUGGAGAAGAUAUUCCAUCGGAAAAAGAUGAAAUCAAAACCCGAGAUGAAAUACGACCACGAGAUGAAAUAAAGCCUAGGAAUGAAAAAAGGCCAAGAGAUGAAAUACGAUCAAGAGAUGAAAUAAGAUCAAGAGAUGAAACAAGAUCAAGAGAUGAAACAAGAUCAAGAGAUGAAAUAAGAUCAAGAGAUGAAUCUCGAACGAGAGAUGAAAUACGUUCUAGAGAUGACAGUAAAUCAAGAGAUGAGAUCAGACCCACAGAAGAAAGAAAACCGUUAAGAGAUGACGUUGGAAACGCAGAAAGUAAAAGAGAUAAUUUCAGAAAUCGUUUCAAAACAACAGAAAGUCGAAGACUCUAUAAUAGAGAAAAGCCCAAUAUCAAACCUGAAAGAAACUAUGAAAGUGAAGACAACGUCCAUGAAGAAAAACGUCAGGUGCCAUCGGCACCAGAAGGUCAACCGUUAGUGAAGCCUAACGGUCGUGGAAUUUUUAGUCAACCACGUAUGCCACCAAAAAUUAAACGUCCUGUCCCAGCUAAUGAAAAAGAUAAAUAUGAGUACGUACCUAUAGCCACUACAAAGCCAUCGCCCAAAGCUAGUGAUGAUGAAUAUUAUGACGACUACGAAGAAGAAGAAGGAAGUAAAACAUCAUCCUCUGGUAAAUAUAGUACUAUUCAGCAAAGACCAAGACUGGAAUCAGUGGAAAAAGAAAAGUUUAAACCCACAAGACCGCAUUAUACAAGUUCAGUUAAUGCAAAAUCUAAAACGCCUAAAAGGCCAAUAGAUUACGAAGAAGAUGAUUAUGAUUAUGGGCAACCGGUAAAGAAACCUUCGUAUGUGCAGCACAACAGAGAAGAACAGCCAGUUAAACCAAAAAAUAAUAACGAUGACUAUUAUUACGAAUAUGAAAAGCAACCUAUCACAGAAAAAAUUAAAGUAAAAGAAGAGGAAAUUUCUACGAAAAUAAAAGAAAUCCGGCCUAAUGUAAAGAUUCUUAAGCGUCCUUUUUUACCGUCUAGGGGUGGCAGUCCCUAUCUGCCACGAGGCUUGCAACCUGUUGCUGGUAAGGACCUAAGUUUACCACCUAACACCACCCCUAAACCCAUCACAACCACAACAACUACAACCACCACUACUGCUGCACCAUCAACUACUUCAAGAACAACCACCACUGAAGCAAUUGCUACAACAAAAGAGAAAAUAAGUACAACUGUUGGUACAGAGAAAUCAACGUUCUCGAGCAAUUUAAAGCCUGAAGAUGAAUAUGAAUACUAUGACGAGGAGGAUAUUGAAUAUGAAGGUAAAGACAAGAAGCAAACGACGACGACAACAGAAGUGGUUAUAACAACUCCAUCAACCACCACCACUACAGAGGCUGCUACAACAGAACAAAAAUCUAAAUCCCUUGCGACAAAAGUAUUAAAAGUAUUCAAUGAUAACUACGAAGCAAUAAGAGAAAAACUUCAAUCUACCUUAUCACCCGAUGAUUAUAUCAAAUCUAGUUAUAAGCCACCAGUGCCUACACCUGAAAUCUCAAAACCGUAUACUGCAACGGGAAAGCCGUUACACAUACCAGAUAAUAUAUCAAUAAAACAAAACCUAGCAGAUUCAAUAGAAAAUGACUACGAUGUGGCACUUAAUGAAGCUUUGGCGCCCAUUUCACCUAAAGUGAGGAUACCCAGUGGAUUUGUAAUAUCACCAGAUAGAGAUUACACAUACCGAUUUCGAAGCAAUUUCCAACCAGAUUCGCAAUACGCGGCAUCGGAAUUAAGUAACUUUCAAUCGAGAAGACGACCACAAGUCUCUGGAGUUAGUAUAAGAACACCCACCUCAUAUUACCUACAACCACAAAGAAUUGCGUAUCAAGAAGAAGGUUUGGCGAGGCCUCCUAGACAAUUAAUGUACAGGCAGUUCCCGAGAUUCUUCUAA